ACAUCCAGCCACCAGACGGAGGCAAGCGGUCGUCAUGGCAGCUGCCCGAAUUCCACCUAAAAGGCCCUAAGGUAAAAAUGCCCGAAAUCGACAUCAAGGGCCCCAAAUUCAAAGGAAGAAAACCAAAGGUAGAAGGAGAACUAGAUGCCGAUAUUAGAGGGCCGGAGAUCGAAGGUCCCGAAGUCGAAGGAGAGCUACCAUCUGGUAAAAUCGAACUUCCUGAAGGCAAAGUGGAAGGGGAAAUAACACCACCCGGAGUCGAGGGCGAUCUGAAGGUCAAAGGCGAUCGUAAGUCUUGGGAGUUACCUGAGUUCCAUCUGAAGGGCCCGAAAAUCAAGAUGCCUAAAUUCAAGGGCAAGAAACCCAAGGUAGAAGGCGAACUGGAAGGUCCGGAAAUAGAAGGCGAACUACCAUCUGGUAAAAUCGAAGGAGAAGUGGAACCACCAUCCGGCGAAGUUGACAUCGACGGCAAGAAGCCAAAAGGCGGCUUUGACCUGCCCGACUGGGAACUGAAAGGACCAAAAAUCAAAUUGCCUGACUGGGACUUGAAGGGCCCGAAAUUCAAGGGCAAAGGACCUAAAGUUGAAGGUGACCUUGAGGCAGACUUCGAAGGCCCCGAAAUCGAAGGCGAAAUUCCACGCGGCAAAGUUGACAUCGAAGGCCCAGACGUGGAAGUUCCUUCAGGUAAAGUUGACAUCGAUGUAGAAGGUCCUGAGGGCGAUCUCGACAUCGACGGUAAGAAGCCCAAGGGAGGUUUCAAAUUACCCGACUGGGAGUUGAAGGGACCCAAGGUCAAGCUACCAGACUGGGAGCUGAAAGGUCCAAAGUUUGGCGGCAAAGGGCCAAAGGUCGAGGGAGAAAUCGAUCUUGAAGGUCCCGAAGGAGAACUGCCGCCAGCCGAGGGUGAGGUUGAGAUCAGACCACCUGGCGUUGAAGGUCCGGACGGGAAAAUAUCUGGUGAGAUCGAAGGGCCGGAAGGCAAAGUCAAAGGCCCAUCCUGGGAGCUUCCGGACUGGGAACUGAAAGGACCGAAAAUCAAGAUGCCCGAAAUCCAUCUGAAGGGCCCGAAAUUCAAGGGCAAGAAGCCCAAGGUUUCCGGAGAAGUCGAUGUGGAGGGCCCAGAAUUCGAAGGCGAGCUUCCGUCUGGAAAAGUCGAAGGCCCCGACGUAGAUGUUGAUGUUCCCAAAGGAGAGAUCGAAGGCGAACUUCCAUCUGGAAAGAUCAAGGGCAAGGGUGACCGUAAGUCCUGGGGUCUGCCCGACAUUGACAUCAGAGGUCCCAAAGUGAAAUUCCCAUCUCUGGGUCGCAAGAAGGGCAAAGGCAAAAUCGAAGGAGAGAUCGAGGGCGAGCUUCCCCAUGGUGAAGUAGACAUCGAAGGACCAGACGUUGAGCCUCCUUCCGGUAAAGUUGAAAUUGAGGGUCCGUCUGGAGACCUAGACAUCAAAGGCAAAAAGCCGAAAGGUGGGUUCAAAAUGCCCGACUGGGAUCUGAAAGGUCCCAAAGUCAAACUACCAGACUGGGAGCUGAAGGGUCCAAAGGUAAAAGGCAAAAGACCUACGGUAGAAGGUGAGAUCGAUGCCGACUUAGAAGGCCCUGAUGUGGAAUUCCCAGGUGCAGAGGCAGAAGUCGAACUUCCGGAAGGAGACAUCCAGCCACCAGACGGAGGCAAGCGGUCGUCAUGGCAGCUGCCCGAAUUCCACCUAAAAGGCCCUAAGGUAAAAAUGCCCGAAAUCGACAUCAAGGGCCCCAAAUUCAAAGGAAGAAAACCAAAGGUAGAAGGAGAACUAGAUGCCGAUAUUAGAGGGCCGGAGAUCGAAGGUCCCGAAGUCGAAGGAGAGCUACCAUCUGGUAAAAUCGAACUUCCUGAAGGCAAAGUGGAAGGGGAAAUAACACCACCCGGAGUCGAGGGCGAUCUGAAGGUCAAAGGCGAUCGUAAGUCUUGGGAGUUACCUGAGUUCCAUCUGAAGGGCCCGAAAAUCAAGAUGCCUAAAUUCAAGGGCAAGAAACCCAAGGUAGAAGGCGAACUGGAAGGUCCGGAAAUAGAAGGCGAACUACCAUCUGGUAAAAUCGAAGGAGAAGUGGAACCACCAUCCGGCGAAGUUGACAUCGACGGCAAGAAGCCAAAAGGCGGCUUUGACCUGCCCGACUGGGAACUGAAAGGACCAAAAAUCAAAUUGCCUGACUGGGACUUGAAGGGCCCGAAAUUCAAGGGCAAAGGACCUAAAGUUGAAGGUGACCUUGAGGCAGACUUCGAAGGCCCCGAAAUCGAAGGCGAAAUUCCACGCGGCAAAGUUGACAUCGAAGGCCCAGACGUGGAAGUUCCUUCAGGUAAAGUUGACAUCGAUGUAGAAGGUCCUGAGGGUGAGCUCGACAUCGACGGUAAGAAGCCCAAGGGAGGUUUCAAAUUACCCGACUGGGAGUUGAAGGGACCCAAGGUCAAGCUACCAGACUGGGAGCUGAAAGGUCCAAAGUUUGGCGGCAAAGGGCCAAAGGUCGAGGGAGAAAUCGAUCUUGAAGGUCCCGAAGGAGAACUGCCGCCAGCCGAGGGUGAGGUUGAGAUCAGACCACCUGGCGUUGAAGGUCCGGACGGGAAAAUAUCUGGUGAGAUCGAAGGGCCGGAAGGCAAAGUCAAAGGCCCAUCCUGGGAGCUUCCGGACUGGGAACUGAAAGGACCGAAAAUCAAGAUGCCCGAAAUCCAUCUGAAGGGCCCGAAAUUCAAGGGCAAGAAGCCCAAGGUUUCCGGAGAAGUCGAUGUGGAGGGCCCAGAAUUCGAAGGCGAGCUUCCGUCUGGAAAAGUCGAAGGCCCCGACGUAGAUGUUGAUGUUCCCAAAGGAGAGAUCGAAGGCGAACUUCCAUCUGGAAAGAUCAAGGGCAAGGGUGACCGUAAGUCCUGGGGUCUGCCCGACAUUGACAUCAGAGGUCCCAAAGUGAAAUUCCCCUCUCUGGGUCGCAAGAAGGGCAAAGGCAAAAUCGAAGGAGAGAUCGAGGGCGAGCUUCCCCAUGGUGAAGUAGACAUCGAAGGACCAGACGUUGAGCCUCCUUCCGGUAAAGUUGAAAUUGAGGGUCCGUCUGGAGACCUAGACAUCAAAGGCAAAAAGCCGAAAGGUGGGUUUAAAAUGCCCGACUGGGAUCUGAAAGGUCCCAAAGUCAAACUACCAGACUGGGAGCUGAAGGGUCCAAAGGUAAAAGGCAAAAGACCUACGGUAGAAGGUGAGAUCGAUGCCGACUUAGAAGGCCCUGAUGUGGAAUUCCCAGGUGCAGAGGCAGAAGUCGAACUACCGGAAGGAGACAUCCAGCCACCAGACGGAGGCAAGCGGUCGUCAUGGCAGCUGCCCGAAUUCCACCUAAAAGGCCCUAAGGUCAAAAUGCCCGAAGUCGACAUCAAGGGCCCCAAAUUCAAAGGAAGAAAACCAAAGGUAGAAGGAGAACUAGAUGCCGAUAUAAGAGGGCCGGAGAUCGAAGGUCCCGAAGUCGAAGGAGAGCUACCAUCUGGUAAAAUCGAACUUCCUGAGGGCAAAGUGGAAGGAGAAAUAACACCACCCGGAGUCGAGGGCGAUCUGAAGGUCAAAGGCGAUCGUAAGUCUUGGGAGUUACCUGAGUUCCAUCUGAAGGGCCCGAAAAUCAAGAUGCCUAAAUUCAAGGGCAAGAAACCCAAGGUAGAAGGCGAACUGGAAGGUCCGGAAAUAGAGGGCGAACUACCAUCUGGUAAAAUCGAAGGAGAAGUGGAACCACCAUCCGGCGAAGUUGACAUCGACGGCAAGAAGCCAAAAGGCGGCUUUGACCUGCCCGACUGGGAACUGAAAGGACCAAAAAUCAAAUUGCCUGACUGGGACUUGAAGGGCCCGAAGUUCAAGGGCAAAGGACCUAAAGUUGAAGGUGACCUUGAGGCAGACUUCGAAGGCCCCGAAAUCGAAGGCGAAAUUCCACGCGGCAAAGUUGACAUCGAAGGCCCAGACGUGGAAGUUCCUUCAGGUAAAGUUGACAUCGAUGUAGAAGGUCCUGAGGGCGAGCUCGACAUCGACGGUAAGAAGCCCAAGGGUGGUUUCAAAUUACCCGACUGGGAGUUGAAGGGACCCAAAGUCAAGCUACCAGACUGGGAGCUGAAAGGUCCUAAGUUUGGCGGCAAAGGGCCAAAGGUCGAGGGAGAAAUCGAUCUUGAAGGUCCCGAAGGAGAACUGCCGCCAGCCGAGGGUGAGGUUGAGAUCAGACCACCUGGCGUUGAAGGUCCGGACGGGAAAAUAUCAUCUGAAGGGCCCGAAAUUCAAGGGCAAGAAGCCCAAGGUUUCCGGAGAAGUCGAUGUGGAGGGCCCAGAAUUCGAAGGCGAGCUUCCGUCUGGAAAAGUUGAAGGCCCCGACGUAGAUGUUGAUGUUCCCAAAGGAGAGAUCGAAGGCGAACUUCCAUCUGGAAAGAUCAAGGGCAAGGGUGACCGUAAGUCCUGGGGUCUGCCCGACAUCGACAUCAGAGGUCCCAAAGUGAAAUUCCCCUCUUUGGGUCGCAAGAAGGGCAAAGGCAAAAUCGAAGGAGAGAUCGAGGGCGAGCUUCCCCAUGGUGAAGUAGACAUCGAAGGACCAGACGUUGAGCCACCUUCCGGUAAAGUAGAAAUUGAGGGUCCAUCUGGAGACCUAGACAUCAAAGGCAAAAAGCCGAAAGGUGGGUUCAAAAUGCCCGACUGGGAUCUGAAAGGUCCCAAAGUCAAACUACCAGACUGGGAGCUGAAGGGUCCAAAGGUAAAAGGCAAAAGACCAACGGUAGAAGGUGAGAUCGAUGCCGACUUAGAAGGCCCUGAUGUGGAAUUCCCAGGUGCAGAGGCAGAAGUCGAACUUCCGGAAGGAGACAUCCAGCCACCAGAAGGAGGCAAGCGGUCGUCAUGGCAGCUGCCCGAAUUCCACCUGAAAGGCCCUAAGGUCAAAAUGCCCGAAAUCGACAUCAAGGGCCCCAAAUUCAAAGGAAGAAAACCAAAGGUAGAAGGAGAACUAGAUGCCGAUAUUAGAGGGCCGGAGAUCGAAGGUCCCGAAGUCGAAGGAGAGCUACCAUCUGGUAAAAUCGAACUUCCUGAGGGCAAAGUGGAAGGGGAAAUAACACCACCCGGAGUCGAGGGCGAUCUGAAGGUCAAAGGCGAUCGUAAGUCUUGGGAGUUACCUGAGUUCCAUCUGAAGGGCCCGAAAAUCAAGAUGCCUAAAUUCAAGGGCAAGAAACCCAAGGUAGAAGGCGAACUGGAGGGUCCGGAAAUUGAAGGCGAACUACCAUCUGGUAAAAUCGAAGGAGAAGUGGAACCACCAUCCGGCGAAGUCGACAUCGACGGCAAGAAACCAAAAGGCGGCUUUGACCUGCCCGACUGGGAACUGAAAGGACCAAAAAUCAAAUUGCCUGACUGGGACUUGAAGGGCCCGAAGUUCAAGGGCAAAGGACCUAAAGUUGAAGGUGACCUUGAGGCAGACUUCGAAGGCCCCGAAAUCGAAGGCGAAAUUCCACGAGGCAAAGUUGACAUCGAAGGCCCAGACGUGGAAGUUCCUUCAGGUAAAGUUGACAUCGAUGUAGAAGGUCCUGAGGGUGAGCUCGACAUCGACGGUAAGAAGCCCAAGGGAGGUUUCAAAUUACCCGACUGGGAGUUGAAGGGACCCAAGGUCAAGCUACCAGACUGGGAGCUGAAAGGUCCAAAGUUUGGCGGCAAAGGGCCAAAGGUCGAGGGAGAAAUCGAUCUUGAAGGUCCCGAAGGAGAACUGCCGCCAGCCGAGGGUGAGGUUGAGAUCAGACCACCUGGCGUUGAAGGUCCGGACGGGAAAAUAUCUGGUGAGAUCGAAGGGCCGGAAGGCAAAGUCAAAGGCCCAUCCUGGGAGCUUCCGGACUGGGAACUGAAAGGACCGAAAAUCAAGAUGCCCGAAAUCCAUCUGAAGGGCCCGAAAUUCAAGGGCAAGAAGCCCAAGGUUUCCGGAGAAGUCGAUGUGGAGGGCCCAGAAUUCGAAGGCGAGCUUCCGUCUGGAAAAGUUGAAGGCCCUGACGUAGAUGUUGAUGUUCCCAAAGGAGAGAUCGAAGGCGAACUUCCAUCUGGAAAGAUCAAGGACAAGGGUGACCGUAAGUCCUGGGGUCUGCCCGAUAUCGACAUCAGAGGUCCCAAAGUGAAAUUCCCCUCUUUGGGUCGCAAGAAGGGCAAAGGCAAAAUCGAAGGAGAGAUCGAGGGCGAGCUUCCCCAUGGUGAAGUAGACAUCGAAGGACCAGACGUUGAGCCUCCUUCGGGUAAAGUGGAAAUUGAGGGUCCAUCUGGAGACCUAGACAUCAAAGGCAAAAAGCCGAAAGGUGGGUUCAAAAUGCCCGACUGGGAACUGAAAGGUCCCAAAGUCAAACUACCAGACUGGGAGCUGAAGGGUCCAAAGGUAAAAGGCAAAAGACCUACGGUAGAAGGUGAGAUCGAUGCCGACUUAGAAGGCCCUGAUGUGGAAUUCCCAGGUGCAGAGGCAGAAGUCGAACUUCCGGAAGGAGACAUCCAGCCACCAGACGGAGGCAAGCGGUCGUCAUGGCAGCUGCCCGAAUUCCACCUGAAAGGCCCUAAGGUCAAAAUGCCCGAAAUCGACAUCAAGGGCCCCAAAUUCAAAGGAAGAAAACCAAAGGUUGAAGGAGAACUAGAUGCCGAUAUUAGAGGGCCGGAGAUCGAAGGUCCCGAAGUCGAAGGAGAGCUACCAUCUGGUAAAAUCGAACUUCCUGAGGGCAAAGUAAAAGGGGAAAUAACACCACCCGGAGUCGAGGGCGAUCUGAAGGUCAAAGGUGAUCGUAAGUCUUGGGAGUUACCUGAGUUCCAUCUGAAGGGCCCGAAAAUCAAGAUGCCUAAAUUCAAGGGCAAGAAACCCAAGGUAGAAGGCGAACUGGAAGGUCCGGAAAUAGAAGGCGAACUACCAUCUGGUAAAAUCGAAGGAGAAGUGGAACCACCAUCCGGCGAAGUCGACAUCGACGGCAAGAAGCCAAAAGGCGGCUUUGACCUGCCCGACUGGGAACUGAAAGGACCAAAAAUCAAAUUGCCUGACUGGGACUUGAAGGGCCCGAAGUUCAAGGGCAAAGGACCUAAAGUUGAAGGUGACCUUGAGGCAGACUUCGAAGGCCCCGAAAUCGAAGGCGAAAUUCCACGAGGCAAAGUUGACAUCGAAGGCCCAGACGUGGAAGUUCCUUCAGGUAAAGUUGACAUCGAUGUAGAAGGUCCUGAGGGUGAGCUCGACAUCGACGGUAAGAAGCCCAAGGGAGGUUUCAAAUUACCCGACUGGGAGUUGAAGGGACCCAAGGUCAAGCUACCAGACUGGGAGCUGAAAGGUCCAAAGUUUGGCGGCAAAGGGCCAAAGGUCGAGGGAGAAAUCGAUCUUGAAGGUCCCGAAGGAGAACUGCCGCCAGCCGAGGGUGAGGUUGAGAUCAGACCACCUGGCGUUGAAGGUCCGGACGGGAAAAUAUCUGGUGAGAUCGAAGGGCCGGAAGGCAAAGUCAAAGGCCCAUCCUGGGAGCUUCCGGACUGGGAACUGAAAGGACCGAAAAUCAAGAUGCCCGAAAUCCAUCUGAAGGGCCCGAAAUUCAAGGGCAAGAAGCCCAAGGUUUCCGGAGAAGUCGAUGUGGAGGGCCCAGAAUUCGAAGGCGAGCUUCCGUCUGGAAAAGUUGAAGGCCCUGACGUAGAUGUUGAUGUUCCCAAAGGAGAGAUCGAAGGCGAACUUCCAUCUGGAAAGAUCAAGGGCAAGGGUGACCGUAAGUCCUGGGGUCUGCCCGAUAUCGACAUCAGAGGUCCCAAAGUGAAAUUCCCCUCUUUGGGUCGCAAGAAGGGCAAAGGCAAAAUCGAAGGAGAGAUCGAGGGCGAGCUUCCCCAUGGUGAAGUAGACAUCGAAGGACCAGACGUUGAGCCUCCUUCGGGUAAAGUGGAAAUUGAGGGUCCGUCUGGAGACCUAGACAUCAAAGGCAAAAAGCCGAAAGGUGGGUUCAAAAUGCCCGACUGGGAUCUGAAAGGUCCCAAAGUCAAACUACCAGACUGGGAGCUGAAGGGUCCAAAGGUAAAAGGCAAAAGACCUACGGUAGAAGGUGAGAUCGAUGCCGACUUAGAAGGCCCUGAUGUGGAAUUCCCAGGUGCAGAGGCAGAAGUCGAACUUCCGGAAGGAGACACCCAGCCACCAGACGGACGCAAGCGGUCGUCAUGGCACCUGCCCGAAUUCCACCUAAAAGGCCCUAAGGUCAAAAUGCCCGAAAUCGACAUCAAGGGCCCCAAAUUCAAAGGAAGAAAACCAAAGGUAGAAGGAGAACUAGAUGCCGAUAUUCGAGGGCCGGAGAUCGAAGGUCCCGAAGUCGAAGGAGAGCUCCCAUCUGGUAAAAUCGAACUUCCUGAAGGCAAAGUGGAAGGGGAAAUAACACCACCCGGAGUCGAGGGCGAUCUGAAGGUCAAAGGCGAUCGUAAGUCUUGGGAGUUACCUGAGUUCCCUCUGAAGGGCCCGAAAAUCAAGAUGCCUAAAUUCAAGGGCAAGAAACCCAAGGUAGAAGGCGAACUGGAAGGUCCGGAAAUAGAAGGCGAACUACCAUCUGGUAAAAUCGAAGGAGAAGUGGAACCACCAUCCGGCGAAGUCGACAUCGACGGCAAGAAGCCAAAAGGCGGCUUUGACCUGCCCGACUGGGAACUGAAAGGACCAAAAAUCAAAUUGCCUGACUGGGACUUGAAGGGCCCGAAGUUCAAGGGCAAAGGACCUAAAGUUGAAGGUGACCUUGAGGCAGACUUCGAAGGCCCCGAAAUCGAAGGCGAAAUUCCACGAGGCAAAGUUGACAUCGAAGGCCCAGACGUGGAAGUUCCUUCAGGUAAAGUUGACAUCGAUGUAGAAGGUCCUGAGGGUGAGCUCGACAUCGACGGUAAGAAGCCCAAGGGAGGUUUCAAAUUACCCGACUGGGAGUUGAAGGGACCCAAGGUCAAGCUACCAGACUGGGAGCUGAAAGGUCCAAAGUUUGGCGGCAAAGGGCCAAAGGUCGAGGGAGAAAUCGAUCUUGAAGGUCCCGAAGGAGAACUGCCGCCAGCCGAGGGUGAGGUUGAGAUCAGACCACCUGGCGUUGAAGGUCCGGACGGGAAAAUAUCUGGUGAGAUCGAAGGGCCGGAAGGCAAAGUCAAAGGCCCAUCCUGGGAGCUUCCGGACUGGGAACUGAAAGGACCGAGAAUCAAGAUGCCCGAAAUCCAUCUGAAGGGCCCGAAAUUCAAGGGCAAGAAGCCCAAGGUUUCCGGAGAAGUCGAUGUGGAGGGCCCAGAAUUCGAAGGCGAGCUUCCGUCUGGAAAAGUUGAAGGCCCUGACGUAGAUGUUGAUGUUCCCAAAGGAGAGAUCGAAGGCGAACUUCCAUCUGGAAAGAUCAAGGGCAAGGGUGACCGUAAGUCCUGGGGUCUGCCCGAUAUCGACAUCAGAGGUCCCAAAGUGAAAUUCCCCUCUUUGGGUCGCAAGAAGGGCAAAGGCAAAAUCGAAGGAGAGAUCGAGGGCGAGCUUCCCCAUGGUGAAGUAGACAUCGAAGGACCAGACGUUGAGCCUCCUUCGGGUAAAGUGGAAAUUGAGGGUCCAUCUGGAGACCUAGACAUCAAAGGCAAAAAGCCGAAAGGUGGGUUCAAAAUGCCCGACUGGGAACUGAAAGGUCCCAAAGUCAAACUACCAGACUGGGAGCUGAAGGGUCCAAAGGUAAAAGGCAAAAGACCUACGGUAGAAGGUGAGAUCGAUGCCGACUUAGAAGGCCCUGAUGUGGAAUUCCCAGGUGCAGAGGCAGAAGUCGAACUUCCGGAAGGAGACAUCCAGCCACCAGACGGAGGCAAGCGGUCGUCAUGGCAGCUGCCCGAAUUCCACCUGAAAGGCCCUAAGGUCAAAAUGCCCGAAAUCGACAUCAAGGGCCCCAAAUUCAAAGGAAGAAAACCAAAGGUAGAAGGAGAACUAGAUGCCGAUAUUAGAGGGCCGGAGAUCGAAGGUCCCGAAGUCGAAGGAGAGCUACCAUCUGGUAAAAUCGAACUUCCUGAGGGCAAAGUAAAAGGGGAAAUAACACCACCCGGAGUCGAGGGCGAUCUGAAGGUCAAAGGUGAUCGUAAGUCUUGGGAGUUACCUGAGUUCCAUCUGAAGGGCCCGAAAAUCAAGAUGCCUAAAUUCAAGGGCAAGAAACCCAAGGUAGAAGGCGAACUGGAAGGUCCGGAAAUAGAAGGCGAACUACCAUCUGGUAAAAUCGAAGGAGAAGUGGAACCACCAUCCGGCGAAGUCGACAUCGACGGCAAGAAGCCAAAAGGCGGCUUUGACCUGCCCGACUGGGAACUGAAAGGACCAAAAAUCAAAUUGCCUGACUGGGACUUGAAGGGUCCGAAGUUCAAGGGCAAAGGACCUAAAGUUGAAGGUGACCUUGAGGCAGACUUCGAAGGCCCCGAAAUCGAAGGCGAAAUUCCACGAGGCAAAGUUGACAUCGAAGGCCCAGACGUGGAAGUUCCUUCAGGUAAAGUUGACAUCGAUGUAGAAGGUCCUGAGGGCGAGCUCGACAUCGAUGGUAAGAAGCCCAAGGGAGGUUUCAAAUUACCCGACUGGGAGUUGAAGGGACCUAAGGUGUCUUUGCCUGAUUGGGACUUGAGUGGAAAGAAGCCCAAAGUUGAGGGACAGGUAGAGGCGGAAGGGGAGUUACCUGACGCAGACAUUCCAUCGGCUGAUAUUGACAUCCAAGGACCAGAGGUCACACCUGGUAAGGUUCGAGUGGAGGGUGACUUACCUGAUGCGGGGACAAAGGGCACAGGUGAUCGAAAGUCAUGGCAACUUCCAGACUUCGACUUGAAAGGUCCGAAAGUAAAAUUCCCAUCCCUACCUCGCAAGAAGGGAAAAGGUAAAGCUAAGGGUGACCUUCCAUCACGUGAGGCAGACAUCUCAGGGCCUGCUGUUCCGUCUGGGGAAGUAGAGAUCAAAGGAGAUCUUCCGGAAACCGACAUUAAAGGCAAGGGAGACCGCAAGUCGUGGCAGCUUCCAGAUGUCGAGCUGAAAGGUCCUAAGAUCAAGUUUCCCUCCCUUCCCAGGAAGAAAGGAAAGAUUGAAGGGGAGGCGGAAGUUAAGUUCCCAUCAGGUGAGAUCCCGACAGCGAAGCCCGUCCUGUCGCCACCGGAAGCGGAAGUGAAGCUUCCAGCUGGAGGAGCGGAAAUUCCGGGUCAGGACGCAGCGAAAAGAUCGUCAUGGAAGGUUCCAGAGUUCGAUCUGGGAAGCCCGCACAUUGAAAUGACCGAAUAUCACGUUAAAGUACCGAAGAUCACAUGGAAAUCGCCUAAACAUGGAGGUCACAUCGAUGUCGAAGGUCAAGUUCCCAAGGGUGACGUGUCCUUUGAAGGACCAACGGUCGAAGGCGACAUAAGACCGCCUGAGUUAGAAGGUGACGUCAAGGUCACCGGACCGGAAGCAGACCUUAAGGGACAGGGUAAAGGCCCCUCGUUCGGCUUUGAACUUCCUGAGUUUGAACUUAAAGGUCCCCAAAUCGAAUUGCCAAAACUUGAUAUCGCGAGACCUAAGGUGGAAGGCAAGGCGGAUGUCGAUGUUGAAGGUCCAUCAGCUGAAGCUGACCUUUCUGUAGAAGGCGAGGCGGAGGUCACGCCUCUCGAUAUCCAACUUCCCAAGUUUCUGCUACAAAGUGAUGACGUCCCUGAAACAGACGUGCCGUCAGGCAAAGUGGAGAUCAAGGGUCAGGUGGACCAGCCCGAGGGCGAAUGGAGCCUGCCCGGACUUGACUUCAAGGGUCCCGACAUCACCAUGCCGGAGCUGGAACUGAAGGGGCCUAAACUAGGAUUCGGAGAGGCUGGUGUUGAGGGCGAGGCGACAGGGCCCUCACUGGAAGGCAAAGCUGCAGAUAUUCACGUAGAAGCCCCUUCUGUAGAUGUAGACAUUCCAAAGGUGCAAGCGGAGCUGGAGGAAAUAGAAGCAAAAGUCAGACAAAUCAAGGCAGACGCAGGCCAGGUAGAACUAGAAGGCCCCAAGGUAGAAGUAGGAGGAGACAAGAAGAGAAGAAGUUUAGAACUUAAGAUGCCCUCUGUAAAAAUGCCAAGCUUUAAGGUCAAGGGCAAAGGCAAAGCUCCCAAGGCUGCCGUGGAGGUCGAGCCGCCCGAAGUAGAGCUGAAGGGCGGGGCCGAAGCGGACGUGCCAGCUGAGGAGAAAAGGGCGUCGCUAAAACGCCGUAGCUUAGAAAUCAAGAUGCCGUCGGUGAGGAUGCCUUCCUUCAAGGCGAAGGCGAAGGCACCAGAGGCCUCUGCGGACAUAACGCCACCGGAGGCAGAGGUCGAUUCCAAAGUAGAAGUCCCAAAAGAUGAGAAGAGAUCAUCCCUAAAGAGACUUAGUCUAGAGAUUAAGAUGCCCUCUAUUUCGAUGCCAAAAUUUUCAGCCAAAGGCAAAACGGAAGUUGACGUGCAGCCACCUGAGCUUGACGUCAGCGGACCGGAAGUAGAGAUACAACCACCAAGUCUUGAAGGUGACCUUGAGGCGGAGGCCGCGCCACCGCCCCUGCCAGAGAAGAAAAAGAAGAAGAAAAAGAAACAAAAGAAGCCGCCACUUCCGGAGAAGGAGAAGGAGAAGCGGAAGUCUUUAGACGAUCGUUUCCGGUCCAUGUGGGGUAAAAUGACAGGUGGCGGCACGGCGGAGGUGGAGUUACCGACAGUCGAGAUGCCGACCUUCGCCAUGGACUUCGGAGCGGGCGCGCCCAGGCCUGAAGGGGACGUGUCUGCGGAGGCAGAGGAAAAGAGGAUGGAGCCCGCGUCUCUCGACGAGGUCCGCAGGAUCGACAUCCCGAAGCUUACGCCGAGGUCCGAACGGAAACUGGAGGGGGGCGUGCAGCUCAGAGAGGUGAAGGCCGACGCCCCGGCGGGCCAGCGGGACAGCGCGAGCUCCGUGGAGGAGGUCCGGCGGGAGGACCCGGCCGACCUGCCGCAGCCCAUCGCCGUGGUGGAGAGCGUCAUCACCAUCGAGCUCACGGAGGACGACAUCGCCAAGGGCGAGGACCAGGUGCGGCAGAAGAUCGCCGCGUCCAUCCAGGACGCGCAGAUGAAGGCGAUGCGGGAGCUGCUGCCCCACGCAGAGGCGCACGCCAAGGUCCAGAAACCCGCCGCGGUCGUCGAGCUGGGGGACCAAGUAGAGGUGGCGAAGCUAACCCCAGGGGAGAAGAAGGUCAAGAUCAAGUCCAAGCUUCCAUCAUUCAAGUCGAAGAUCCCACUUCUCAGAUCUAAGAAAGCCAAGGCGGCGGAAGCGGAGGCUGCGGCGGAGGCGACUGCGCCUAAAGCCGAGGCGAGAGCCGGGCUGUUCCCCGGGGACGGCGACGAGGAGUCCUGGGCGCCGGUGUACGGGCAGCAGUUCCACUUCGAGACGCAGGAAACCAUCACCAUCGAGGGCGACGCCGAGUUCUCCGCAGCAGCACCCGUCACCAAGAAGGAGGUGAAGAAGAAGAGCUCGUGGAAACUCAAGUCCAGUAAGAAGAAGGAAGGCGACGCGGAGGAGCCGGAGCCCGUGUCCUGGUCGGAGGCCAUGGGGCGGGCCGAGUACGCCGAGCUGUUGGAUAACUUCCCCAGAAGCGUGGUCGUGGAAAUCGAACCUGAAACCGCCACGCAAGAAGUUGCAGUAGAAGCAGAGUCGGCAGAGGGCGCUGCUGCAGAACAGGUUGAGGUGAAGAAAAGGUCUAAAAUUUUCUCCCUGACGAGCAAGAAAAGUCGAAAGACGGAGCAGAGGAAGUCGCUAGAGGAAGUGGAGUCGUCACAUAGACCAUUCCGAGAGUUGGAGGAAGGCCGGGCGCUACAGAUGUCGUUCGGCCCUCCGACAGAAGCGAAGGACGAGAAGAAGAAGAAAAAGAAGAAGGGAAAAGAUGAGAAAGAGCUGGAAGAACCCGGCGAGGUACCGCUCACGUCAGAGGCCGCCGCCGCGGAAGAACAGUUCCUGAUCACGCGCAGCGCGCCGUCAUCGCCGCUGAUCGACCGUCAGGCGGACCUGCGGGAAGCCAAGGCGGAGGGGCAGCUCUCCUUCACACCACCGCGCGGCAAGAGACCCACCUCCGAGGAGAGGCCGCCCAGGAACCUCGGCCUGAAGCCGCUCAAGCCCGCCCGCAGGUCCCGCUCCCUGCCCCCCACCACACAACGAUCGGCACCGGGUAGGGGACGGGGGCGCGGCCGGGGCGGGGUGCGACCAGGCCCGAGACAAGCCCGACCGAGAGGCCGCGGCCGGGGCAUCCCCAGGCCCGGUCCGGGACAACCUCUACAGCAACAGUCUCCUCCACAGAGACAGCCACAGCAGGGACCCCCGCAGGGGGGACCCUUACACUACUUGUAGUAUAUGCUGGACAAGGUCAAGUGCACCGGAUGUUCCAGCCGGAAGUACGUCAGCAGAGAACAGAGUACCGACCACCUUCCGGACAAACCGGCUUAGUGAACACACGAACUGAAGAACUGAUUAAUAUAUUACUGGUAGUACGUCUUACGGGAUGAUUCUUAACUAGACAACUUCUUAAGCAAACUGGACAGAAGAUGAAGUCUCCUUGCGAUUUCAAUCGGUAAUACAGGAAUAACGAUGGCGAUGGCAUCUUGAUUUACGGGCAACCAAACACGUGCAAUUCACGUGACAUUAUUGAACAAGCACGUGCAAUUCACGUGACAUUAUUGAACAAGCACGUGCAAUUCACGUGACAUUAUUGAACAUUGCAUUGUAAAAUAAUGAAAACACGUAUAUAUCAACGCGUGGGCCUUGAACACUUUAAUGUAACUAUUGGCAGGGUACCUCUAUUGUCUCCUUUAUAAAUUAAUGCUCUGUUUCUGUUUUUACUUUAGACAAGUUCACUUAACGAGCACAACUUGAUUUGUUGUAAAUAAUAUUAUUGCUACCUGGCUUCUAUUUCUUCCUGACACUGAACAUUGGUGCCUUCCUUCACUGGUAUGUUUUCUCUCCCUUCAAAACUCUUCUUAACGGAAUGAAUAUGGUUCAAUUAUCAUGUAUGCACCACUGUACAGGGUUGGCCUUCCGUAACGAGUAAGGCAAAGGUUCUGAUGUACACAUGUAUAUGAGUUAGCAAUCCUGGAUACGAAAGGCUUAAGGAAAAUACGUACUUUAUUAUACGUAAAGGUAUCGACUGAGCCCGCAGAGAAGUUUUGAUUCCGCUUGUGCCUUUGUGUAGAAGUUGGGAGUGAAGCGCCUCGAAUUUCGCCCGAUCGCCGCAAUCUCAGGUUCUUACGUUGUCACUAAGUCGUUACCAUAGUGAUAGUGGAAUAGGAAGGUUUCUGCAAAAUCAAGUUCCGCAGUAGCACAAAGUUGGGAAUAAGUCGAAGCAGUGAAAAAUGCUUCCGCCAAAAAAAUCGCACUCAUAGUGUCUUCAACACGAUGUAAAUUUUGCCUAGCGGCGGACUGAUAUCCACCUCUAAAACAAGAAAAGUAGGGAAAACUGUCACAAAAAGUCAAGCAAGACCUAAACAACAAACUGGCUGUCUGCCCACAUAUGGAAGAGCUUGUUGGAGUAUGCUAAGGUGUACGGCAAGCGGCGACAGUGGUGUGUGAUGUAAUAUAAGAUGGAAUUAUGCACAAGUAGAGAUGUUCAACAAAUGUGUUAUCUGUAUCAUAGUUAAGAGUGACUUAAGUAGUCUUGGGUUGUCUUUCAGCCAUACGGCGCUGCGAACUGAAGUUUUCUAGAGAGAGCUUUACUUUUAUUUUUGCAUGAAUGCUUAAAAAUGAAGAAAUACUGUACUAACAGGGUAAAAAAGUCACCUUUGAGGGUCACUGUAGAACAUUGCCGUGUUCUAGAUGUCCAUACCACUCAUGUUUGAACCCUUUGCUUACGGAAAGGCAUACGGAAGUGAUGUACUAUAUUUGGGUAACGAUAUUUGUGAGGCAGUGACAGUGGAGGGGGUAUAUAGAACAUGGUUACUGAGAACUGCUGUGUGAUACCCUCGGAACUUUAGAACAUCAGCUGAACUGUCACUGACCUUGAAUAAACAUGGACGUGCUGGCUCUGAUUA